GGCUGAGCGGCGGCGGGGGGGGGGGCGGAGAGCGGCGGGGCGGCGGCGGCGGGUGGAGGGGAGGGGAGGAGGGGAGGGGGGGGCGCGGCGAGCGAUGGAUGAGGACAACAUGACGAGGAGCGAGGAGCAGCAGCUGAGUCUGCAGAAGGCGCUGCAGCAGUGCGAGCUGGUCCAGAACAUGAUCGACAUCAGCAUCUCCAACCUGGAGGGGCUCCGCACCAAGUGCGCCGCCUCCAACGACCUCACGCAGAAGGAGAUCCGCACCCUGGAGAGCAAGCUGGUCAAGUACUUCAGCCGGCAGCUGUCCUGCAAGAGGAAGGUGGCCCUGCAGGAGCGCAAUGCCAAGCUGGAGGGCUUCCCCCAGCUCCUGCACUGGUUCCGCAUCGUCGACAUGCGCAAGGAGGUGAUGGAGGAGAUCACCCCGGGGCAGCUGAGCCUGGAGGAGCUGCUGGACAUGACCGACGACCAGGUCUGUGCCACCGUGGAGAAGUUUGGGGCCAACAGUGAGGAAUGCGCCCGCCUGAACGCUUCCCUCUCCUGCCUCCGCAGCGUCCACAAGUCCGGCGGCAGCCUCUCCAAGCAGGACUGGACCAUCCAGUGGCCCACGACGGAGCCGGGGAAGGAGAACAGCCCGGGGUGCCCGGCGGAGCCGGCGCAGUGGGGCAGGACUCACCUGGUGCCGAGCCCCAAGGCGCAACCCAAGUGCGGGCAGCACCACUGCCACGCGGGCUCUCCGCACGGGCCCAUGUACACCCACGUGGACCGCUUGACCGUCGAGGGUCACCCUGGGCUCUGCCCGCCCGUGGAGUCGGGGCACCGAUCCCUGCCGCCAUCGCCGCGGCAGCGCCACGCGGCUCACCCCCCCCCGCGCACCCCCAACAUCGUCACCACCAUGACCCCCCCGGGGACGCCGCCGCUGCGCCGCAGGAACAAGCUGAAGCCCCCCGGGACGCCGCCGCCGUCCUCGCGGAAGCUGAUCCACCUCCUGCCCGGCUUCACCGCGCUGCACCGCAGCAAGUCCCACGAGUUCCAGCUGGGGCACCGCGUGGACGAGGCGCACACCCCCAAAGUCAAGAAGAAGAACAAGCCCUUGAACCUCAAGAUCCACAACAGCGUGGGGAGCUGCGAGAACAUCCCCGCGCAGCGCUCCCCGCUCCUCUCCGAGCGCUCCCUCCGCUCCUUCUUCGUGGGGUACCCACCUUUCCUGCCCUCCACCCCUCCCGUCCACACCGAAGCCACCUUCUCAGCAAAUACGCUGUCAGUGCCUCGCUGGUCCCCGCAGAUCCCCCGUCGAGAUCUAGGAAACUCCAUCAAACACAGGUUUUCCACCAAGUACUGGAUGUCUCAGACCUGCACCGUCUGCGGUAAAGGAAUGUUGUUCGGCUUAAAAUGCAAGAACUGCAAGCUCAAGUGCCACAACAAAUGCACCAAAGAGGCCCCUCCGUGUCACCUGCUGAUCAUCCACCGCGGAGGGAGACGAGCCGUGCGGGGCGAGGCAGAUUUGCAUUGCAAACCACUUCCACCCACCCUUCCCCUGCCUCCUUUUCUUUUCAGAUUCCCCACGGCACGGGCAAGGUUAGUCCGGACAGAGUCGGUGCCCUGCGAUAUCAACAACCCCUUGCGCAAACCCCCCCGGUUUUCGGACCUGCACGUCAGCCAAACGCUCCCCAAAACCAACAAACUCAACAAGGACCACAUCCCGGUGCCCUACCAGCCAGACUCCAGCAGCAACCCCUCGUCCACCACCUCCUCCACACCCUCCUCGCCAGCCCCACCGCUGCCCCCCAGCGCGACCCCUCCGUCCCCCCUGCACCCGUCCCCGCAGUGCCCGCGCCAGCAGAAGCAGUUCAACUUGCCAGCUUCCCAUUACUACAAGUACAAGCAGCAGUUCAUUUUCCCAGAUGUGGUCCCUGAGACACCGACCCGAGCACCGCAGGUGAUCCUCCACCCCGUCAACUCCAACCCCAUCCUGGAAGGAAACCCAUUGCUUCAAAUUGAAGUGGAGCCCACCUCGGAGAAUGAAGAGGGCCCCGAGGAGGCGCAGGAGUCCGAGGAUGACUUCGAAGAGAUGAACCUCUCGCUGCUCUCCGCGCGCAACUUCCCGCGCAAGGCCAGCCAGACCAGCAUCUUCCUGCAGGAGUGGGACAUCCCCUUCGAGCAGCUCGAGAUCGGAGAGCUCAUCGGCAAGGGCCGCUUCGGGCAGGUCUUCCACGGCCGCUGGCACGGGGAGGUGGCCAUCCGCCUCAUCGACAUCGAGCGGGACAACGAGGACCAGCUCAAGGCCUUCAAGAGGGAGGUGAUGGCGUACCGGCAGACCCGGCACGAGAACGUGGUGCUCUUCAUGGGAGCCUGCAUGAGCCCCCCGCACCUCGCCAUCAUCACCAGCCUGUGUAAAGGACGGACCCUCUACUCGGUGGUGAGAGAUGCCAAAAUUGUCCUGGAUGUCAACAAGACAAGGCAGAUAGCACAAGAAAUCGUGAAGGGAAUGGGCUACCUGCAUGCCAAGGGGAUCCUUCACAAGGACCUCAAGUCAAAAAACGUUUUCUAUGACAACGGGAAGGUGGUGAUCACAGACUUUGGCCUCUUCAGCAUCUCGGGAGUUCUCCAAGCGGGCAGGCGGGAGAACAAGCUGCGCAUCCAGAACGGGUGGUUGUGUCACCUUGCCCCCGAGAUCAUCCGCCAGCUCUCUCCUGACACCGAGGAGGACAAGCUGCCCUUCUCCAAGCACUCGGAUGUCUUUGCACUGGGCACGAUCUGGUACGAGCUGCACGCACGGGAAUGGCCCUUCAAGACGCAGCCAGCAGAGGCAAUAAUCUGGCAAGUGGGAAGUGGGAUGAAGCCCAACCUCAGCCAGAUCGGGAUGGGCAAGGAGAUCUCGGACAUCCUUCUCUUCUGCUGGGCCUACGACCAAGAGGAGAGACCCACGUUCACCAAACUCAUGGACAUGCUGGAGAAACUGCCAAAGCGCAACCGUCGCCUUUCCCACCCCGGGCACUUCUGGAAGUCAGCAGAGCUGUGACAGGAGGAGUUAAGGGACGGUGCCUUCCUCCCCCUGUGGUUCUCCUCUUCCUCUCCACUUCCCACCCUGUGCUACAGAGGAGCAGCGAGUGCCGCAGGCCAACAGCAGGAUGGGAAUGAGCCUCUUCCCCUGCAGCAUUCCAUCCCGUGGAGCCUCUCCGCAAGGGCUGGAGGAGCCGAGCCGGUGGCCGAGGCCCGGCUGCGAUGGGAUGGGGACAGCGGGUGGCUCUCCGUGCACAUGAGGUCGGGGCUCGGGGCGGUUCCCUGCCAAGCAGGGACAACCCUCGAGGCAGACGGCUUCAAUUUAACCCCAGGGCUCCUCUGAUCCCAAUCAGCAUGGUCAGUGCUCACGAUGCUCGGUUGGGGAGGGGUCGCUGCUUGGUUCUCGGUGGGUUCGUUUCAUUUUCUUUAUCAUUAUUAUUAUUUUUGAUGAAAAAGAAAGGGGGAAAUGUUGCUGAUUCAUGAGUUCAGAGCCGGAGCCUGCUGGGGUCCGGGAGUGCUGCUGCUAUUAGCUGCCCCCCGUGGGGAAAUGCAUCUGCAGAGCUAGAGCUGGAGGAGUCCUGCUCCCCAACGCCUCUGCAGCCCCUUCAUGGGCAGUGGUGACCUUUCACAAGUGGCUUCUCUACCUCCCGGCCAUGACCACUUAUGUUCCCCCCUGGGUCUCCCUCUUGGCAGGGCGCUCCUCCACGUUCCUGUUAGUUUAGCUGCUUGCCCCAGUGCAUAUCUCAUCACUGAGCCAUUCCCUCUCUUCCUCCCUGGCACCGCUUUGCUCCUGGUUUCCACCCUCACUCCCGAAGAUGCUGCUGAAGCCCUGGGUUUGGGGAUGCUCUGGAGCAGGGCAGAGCGGGCGCAGCUGGAGCUGGGGUCCUUCCCCUCUCCCACUGCUGUCCCCGGACUCACUGGUGGAGCCAGGGAUGCAGACAGGCUCUGGUGGUGCAGAGCAUCUCCCUUUCCACCCCACAGACAUCUCAGCUGAAUGAGCAGCCAUCCCCAGGACCGUUUUCCCUGCAUAUUCAUCUUCCAUCAGCCAAAUCCUGGAUGUCCCAAAAGAAAAUGCUCUUUGGGCAACACCUCGGAGCUGGUGUUGCCAUCUGAAUGCUGUGUGCUGGUAUUUCCCUCUCCUCGUCAGCUCGGAUGGGCCCUUGAGUCCAUUAGAUGAGCUGUCAAGCGACAGAUGACAGCAAAUUGCAUUUUCAGGCCCUUAUUGUGCGUAAUUGCUUGACAGGAACCAUCCUGAGUAAUUCAAUUGGAGUCUAAGUUAGCUUUAAUUUGGAGACAUGGCGAGGCUCUCCAAACUAACCAGCCCUGGUUUGUUUGCUGCUCCUCUAACUCCCCCUUGCCGGCGUUUGAACCGCUUCAGCAUAAGUAAAUGAAGAUUAGAAACCUAAUUGCAGCUAGGAAGAGAUGGAGCUUUAAUUGUGCUGGCAUCUACAAAGGUGCUUUUAUGGCUUCAAAUCUGCACACGUGCAUCUGUGUCAAACCUGAGGUGGGCAGGAGCAGGGGGUGAAUCCGGCCUCCAAGCCUGCUGGAAGAGGGUCUGUCAGGAGGAUGCUGUUGCUUCUGGGACAUUUGCUGUGCCAUGUGGUUACAUGGUCCAUCUCACUCUCGGAUGUUUUGCAUGGUAUGAGGCAGGAAUCACCUGCUCCUGGCUCUGCUGCUGCUGGGAUGAGCAAGGGAGGGCAGGAUGAGGCCUUGGCUUGAGCAUUUGAGUGUUAAUUUGUGCUAAUGACUCCCUGCACCAGGCAGCAUGGGUGGUUUGUGGUCCUCUGGGUGUGAUGCUGCAGAGCUCAGUGUAGGUGGCUGAGCAUCAUCUCAUUCUAGUGAUGACAAAGGAUGCUCCAUAGCUGCUCACCCUCUGCCUCCUCCACAUCCCACCUCUUCCCCUCUAACACACACAAUCACACCAUGUUCUUCAUCCCACCUCGAUGCCCUCUUCUGCCUGUCCUCCUCACCCCAACCCUCUCCUGCUGUCUCGUACCCUCUCCAUCCUCUGUGCCUGUGCGCACAUGUGCUGUAAAUCUUGCACUAAGCCUCUCUGAGGCUUCACCAAUGCCUUCACUGAAGUGGUCCUGGGGUCUGUGGGAGGGAGGAUGCCCCAUCACCAGAUUUCUCAGCUGCCAGGGGUUGCAGGGAGGUCUCACCAUGAAACCCUUGAUUCCGAACCACAUCCUUAUGGAGCGAUCACUGUAGAAAGGCCCUGUCCUCACUCAGUGGUUUUAGUUUCUAAGUGAACUUCCAAGGUGAGCAAGAGGAAUGUGUUGGGAAGACGAAGGAGGUGAUACCAUGGGUGAUGCUCCACCCCAGGGGUGGCAAAGUGCUGUAGCCUGGUAGACAUUGUGCAGAUCUAUACUGGAAGGCACAGCAUCAGUCUUGAAAGUCUUACUGUGAGUGUACUCCCUGUGCCCCAAGCCCUCUCUUUGCUGUAGCGUCUUACCUUGACGUAUCCCCCCAUGGGGUCUCACCAGCAGCUGACAGAUGCCAGAUCAGCCAACACUCAGGAAUAACGAUAGGCAUGUUGGUUUGGUCACCCCACGCCAUCAGGUCCCCACCAGGAGCACAGGGCUCUCUGCAGCAGCCUCAGCCAAGUGUUUCUCCCUGGAUUUUGGGCAUCUGAAAGGAGCUGAGAGCUCCAACAGCCAGUAAAUCUCGCCAGCUCUUCCCUCAUCUCCCUUCUCUUCCCCCCCCUUCCCUCAGUGUAGGGUCUCCACAGGGCCACGAGCAGAGCUGUCGCACAAUAGUAUCGAUGGAAAAAUAGCUGCCCUGCACUUACCAUAAAUUAGCUGAGAAGAGCAGCUCCUUCCCUUCCAUUCAGCGCAGCAGCGGUUGUUUAUGCAGCCGUGUGAUUUGCAUCAUGCCGCCUUAGUUUUGAAAGUCUUAAUUAUUUUAAACAACAAAACCGACCCAACGAAUCCUACUUUUUGUUGUGGGUUUUUUUUCUCCUUUGUUUUUUUUUUUUUUUUGACUCCCACUCUGUGAGCUUCGGGUUUUUUUUUUUUUUUUUCCCCAGUUUAAAAAUAUCCAGCCCUUCAGCAGGGAGAGAAAGGAGAAGCUCUCCACAAUGCCCUCUAAUAGGAGAUCCGAAGGAGGGAGCUGGUCCAUCCGGUAGCUCAGCUUAGCUGCGUGAGCUAGAGGAGAGACGGGCUAUUUCCAGAUGCGCCGGCUGGGAGCUGAGCUGGUUUUAGCACUGUGGUGUUGUAAGCAGCAGCUUGAGACGUAGGGAACCAUCCCCAACCCCAGGUGCAUCCCCGGGCUCUUGCAGUGGAGCAGCCCCACAGUCGUGAUCUCCUGUCCUGGUCCUCCAGCUCUCAGCUGCUUCAUCCUUCCAGCCAUGCUCCGAGGCUCUUCCCUGAGCUCCCCUUUAUCUUGCUGCUGCCUGAGGGGUAUUUCCCCAUCAUUUCAAUGCUCCUGGGGAACUCUGUGUUUGGGGCUGGGUGGUGAGGCCAUCACCAGUGAUGGAAGUGGUGGUGCUGCAUGACCCCAAAGCACUAUGUCCUUCUUCGGCUGCUAAAUUACAUCCCCUGGUCCUGCUUCUUCAUCUAUCCACUCCCGCCCCCCAAAUUACCCUUGCUGAGCCAUGACCAGCCUGUUCCUGGGGAUGACGAGCUCAGGAUCCAGCCCCAUGGCUUUUAUCUGACCAUGGCAGGAGCUGAGAUAUGAACCUUUAAGACAGAUGACAGGCAGAAAUGAAUGUCUUGGAGGUGGAGGAGCUGCUCAACCUCUGCUGGAUCCUAUGGAAGAGUUGGUGCCUAUGGCUUGCUCUUGAGCUAUGCUAAGAAGGGGGCUGUGGUGGAGGUGCCAUGAGAUGUUGUCUGCACCCCCAAGUGCCAUGGGGAGCCCCAGGUUGAGCCCUCCAGCAGCCGGUGCUCUACUGGGCACCUUUUCUUUCCUUCCUCCUUUCUUCACCAUUUAUUUAUUUUAAUUUAUAUUUGAUUUUAUUUAUUUGAAUGGUGACUCUUUGGGAAGCUUGGUCAGCUGCAAAAGCCGCCUUUAACUAUUGGCCCCUGUAAAGUACGCUGUUACAUUUUCUUGUACAUAAGGUAUAUAUAAAUAUAUAUACAUAUCUCUAUAUGUAUGUAUAUAGAUAUAUACAUAUAUAACGAGCUCUAACUCCUGUACAGUUUCCAACUGAACUCGAUGGCCUGCUUUGUUUUCUCCGUGUUAGUUCUGACCGUUGCAGAAUGAGCUGACUCUCAUUUCCUUUCUCCCUCUUUCCCUUUUCUUUUUAUAAAUAUAUACAUAAAUAUAUAUAUCUAUUUUGUUGUCGUCGUUGCAAAACUCUCGUCACUGGAACAGAACAGUUGAAUCUGGUGCAAAAAAAAACCCAACAACGGCAGAGAAAAUAUCACCCCACAAACCGACAAGGGAAAUGGCUGAGAAAGGCACGAUGGAUCUCCCCGAUGUAAAUUUGUACAGUAACAUUUAUAACGUUUUCUACACUUGAAGAAAGUCUUUAUAAUUUCAGCUGUCUGACUGAGUGCGACUCUCUGUGACCUGCAGAAAUGGAUAGCCAUUUGUUCCCGUGGUUUCUCGUGCAGUGUUUGGUGAGGUGACAGUGUAUGAAUUAUUUAUGCCAAUAAUAAAAAACAACCAAAACCGAACCCAAAAAGCACCUUUGCAAAACCAUUGCACCCCUGUGCUGCUCCGCGUCCCCGCGCCGACGGCUGCUCCUGCC